CUAUUAUUCAUAUCUCUAUCUACAAAUGGUCUUAAGUUCCGUUUUUACUUGCAUUUCUGCAUGCGUUUUACUUAUCCAAUCUGUUGCUGUCAUCCAUGCUGCGCCUACAAAAUCAUCCAGGUCUCUUAAAAAAACAGGUCAUCACUUACAUGGUCGAUUCCUCCAUAUUACUGAUCUUCAUCUUGAUCCUUAUUAUCGUGAAGGAGCUGAUCCCAGUCAUUACUGUCAUCGAUAUGGAAAGAAGCGAUCUAAAGCAGCUGGUAAAUUCGGUGCUUUGGGUACUGAAUGCGAUUCUCCUGGACCUCUCGUAGAAGCCACUUUCAAUUUUCUUAAGAAAGAAAUUAAAAAUGUUGAUUUUAUUCUUUAUACUGGUGAUACGGUUAGACAUGACCGUGAUGAUAAGUUACCUAGAACAGAUGCUCAGGUACUUGAAGGCCAUAGAUCUAUUAUCAAAUAUUUCAAAAAAACUUAUUCACAUAAAAUGCUUUUUGUUCCUACCAUUGGUAAUAAUGACACUUAUAAACAUAACAAAAUUAAAAAGAGAGAUCACAUCUUUCGCAAACUCAAAGCCAUCUGGAGACCUCUUGAACUUGAUAUUAGAAACGAAUUCCUUAAUGGAGGCUAUUUUACUCAUGAUCUCAUUAAAAACAAACUCAGUGUUAUCAAUUUGAAUACCAUGUACUUCUUUGAUAAAAAUAACGAUGUAGACGAUUGUGAUUCUCCAAAUAGUCCCGGUGCAAUCCAAAUGAGAUGGCUUGAAAAUCAAUUAGAGGCAUUAGAAAAGAAGAAGGGCAAACAGCAGGCUUAUAUUAUGGGCCAUGUUCCUCCUAUUGAUGACAAUGGUUCUCGAAUUUAUAAAAGUGCUUGUUAUGAUCAAUAUUUCUCAUUGCUUGGUAAACAUGGUAGUGUUAUCGCAGGUCAUUUUACUGGCCAUACAAAUGAUGAUAAUUUAUAUGCUGUUGUACCCGAUGGUGAUGGUAGUUACGAAUUUGUAGCUGCUAAUGAUAAAAGCGUGAGACAUCGAGAAAAUGAUUUAGAAAGAGCAAACGUUCCUCUCUUCAAUGCACCCUCUGUUAUUCCAGUGCAUAAUCCUGCUAUUCGAGUUUACCAUUAUGAGACACAAAAUAACAAAAGACGUCCUAUAGGUACAAUUACUGAUUGGGAUCAAUACUAUGUUGAUCUUGACAAGGCUAAUGAACAUGGACAAGCUGAAUACCAAUUGGAAUAUUCUGCUUCUAAGCUCUAUAAUGUGGAUUACUUUGAUGGUGAAGACCUUGGUCAAGCUAUCUUGAAUAUUGCAACAAAUAAACGUGCUCGUAAAAUAUACAACAAAUACGCUAAGGUCUCUACUUAAAAGAAGAAAAGAAAAAACUUUAUUCCCUUAGACAAAGAGAAACUAUUCUUCUUUCCUUUAUUUUAUUUUAUAUACAUAUCCCCCUCCCUUCCCUUACCAAUUUCAAAUAUUAUUUAUAUCCUAUUCUAUUUU